GUUUUCCUUUAAAAUAAAUAAACAAGACAGAAUUUCAAAGUCGAUAUAGAAAAUUUGUCAAUAAAGAUGGAAGCAGAUUUGCUGCUUAAAGAAGAUGAAUAUUACAAAGAAAAUGAGAAAAUCGAAUUGAAGACUAAGAUUUUAUUGCAAAAAGCUAAUGAUGUAAUGAAAAUUCAAGAGACCCUAAUAAAAGAUAGCUUAAAAACCAAAUCGGACAUAAGUGAAGUGCGUAAAAACAACUAUAUAAAUACCAAAAAACCCACCAGUGAUGAAAGUAUUUUCUGUGGUGAAUUAUUUGGUGAGGACACCAAUCCAAACAACAAUCCUGAUAACACUAGUGGAGUACUAAGAAUAUACAGGGCGAAACUAAAAAACCUGGUAGCUGAAAAAGAACGACUAUACGUGGAAUUAAGACAAAAGUCCGAAGAAAUAAAAAAGCUUCAAAAGGAAAAUCUAAGCUUUAAGGAAGAGAAAGAAAAAUGGUUUUUAUCUUACAAUAAUGGCAAGAUUAAUAUUGGAAAACUUGAAAAUCAGUUAACAAAUGUGAACUCAAAACUGCAAUCUAAAGAAACAGAAAAUGCAUGCUUAAGAAAGGAGGUGGAGCAGUUAAAAAGGGAUUUAAAAAGUAACAAUUUAAAUUUUAAUAAUUGCGAAGUAAGACUAACGAGAGCUACGGAGGAGAAUGAGAAGUUGAAGCAAGCGUUAAAACAUUGUAAAGACGAGGAAAAAGACCUAAAAGAAGGCUAUAGAAAGCAACUAACAGAACUAACUUCUACUGUGAAAAACCUCGAAAAACAAAAAGUGGAACUCUUAAACGGCUUUAAGAAGCAGAUGCAAUUAAUUGACGUCUUAAAAAAGCAAAAAAUGCAUUUAGAGGCCUAUAAAAUCGGUGAAAUGACUGAAGGCGAAUACCUGAAAAUAUUAGAUUGGAAAUUUGAAUAAAAUAACUUUAUACAUUUAGAA